UCGGGUCGUCUUAAAUCCCAAACCCUAACCGACCCAUCUCACGACCCUCCACCCCUGCUCUAUGUUCUCCGAGCAUUCCCGUUGAAACAUCCUUCACACCGCCGCCGUCAUGUUGUCCAUCGAUCCGUCGAAGCGGAGCUCCCUCGAGCGCCGCAUCUGCGACGGGGAUCUGGUUAUCGUGUACGAGAGGCACGACAAGGUAAAGGCCGUCAGAGUGCAGAACGGCUCGGACUUCCAGAACAGGUUUGGGGUCUUCAAGCACUCGGAUUGGAUAGGGAAGCCGUUCGGGACCAAGGUGUUGAGCAACAAGGGCGGGUUCGUGCAUCUGUUAGCCCCCACGCCGGAGCUAUGGACCUUGGUUUUGAGCCACCGAACUCAGAUUUUGUACCUCGCGGAUAUUAGCUUUGUGAUUUCGUACCUGGAAGUUGUCCCCGGCUGCGUGGUUCUCGAGUCUGGCACGGGGAGCGGAUCUCUUACCACCUCUCUUGCUAGAGCUGUGGCGCCUUCUGGCCAUGUUUACACAUUCGACUUCCACGAACAAAGAGCUUCCUUGGCUAGGGAAGACUUUGAGAGGAAUGGGAUGAGCAGCUUGAUUACAGUCACAGUUCGAGACAUUCAAGGUGAAGGUUUUCCUGAUGAAUUUUGUGGGGCUGCCGAUUCAGUGUUCCUUGAUCUCCCCCAACCUUGGUUAGCGUUGCCAUCUGUUCGAAGAAUGCUGAAGCAAGACGGUGUAUUGUGCUCGUUCUCUCCAUGCAUUGAGCAAGUGCAGCGCUCUUGUGAGGUUCUUGGAGCAGAUUUUACAGAUAUAAGGACAUUUGAGGUUCUACUUCGUUCCUAUGAAGUCCGAGAAGAAAGAAUGAUCGGAACAGAAGGUGUCCAGGACAGCCCUGUCGGAUCCCUCCCUCGCAAGAGACGACAAUGCAUUUCACGUGAUGUCAACAACGAUAGCAAGGAGAUAACAACUACAACUUCUACCAUCAUAGCUAGGCCAUGCCGAGAGACGAGAGGACACACGGGCUAUCUAACAUUUGCAAGACUUGCAUGCAGCUGAUUUGCAAUAGAUAUGCCUAAUUCAUGUGAUUUAAAGACAGGAAGCUAAGAAUUAGUCCAGAGUUUCCAAAGUGAUUGUUUUACAACCGAGCCUGUGGGAUCAAAUGAAGUGCAUUGUCUUGGCUCCAUAUGUUUUUGGAGGGAAUAAAAUCUUGGUUUUGCCAAAGAGGAUGUCCUGAAGAACACAUCCUACCAAUUUGUUGA